GACAGCUGAGCUUUAUUUUGCCUCCCAGCCUUGACGCCACUGUAGUUCAGUUGGACCUGACGUCUAACAUCCACAGCAUCACAGACCAGCCAACCAGUCACGGCGGCGUUGCACGUGAGUGGAGGCACGAACAGCUGUGGAGCCAACCUGCGAGCAGCGGAAUAGUUACUGAUGAAUAUCGGGCUGGACAUUUGUGGGAAGAAGAAAACAGAACCAGAUUAUAACAGAAAGCAAAAGAUCAAAAAGAAUCAGAGGGGGCAGCAAUGUUGUUAAAAUCUGCGUAUAAAAGACAAGCCUGAGCCACACCCAUGCUGCAUCCUUCAUCCUCUUCUAACCGUGCCACAAAAAACCCAUCCAUCUCUGUCAUCGUCCCUCCACUCUCCUCUAAUUCAUCCCUUUAUUCUCCCUCCAUCAGAACAUAGCUGAACCCCUUCUACAGACCAGUGAUCCAGGCAGCAGUAAAAAGAACAAGGGUUGACGAGACAAGCUGUCACUAAGCACAGGAGGGACCCUCACUUGCUGCCGGGUGUGAAAAAAACAGCUGCCUUUAACUUGAGCACAUGGGCUGUUAAUGAACACAGAUGGCAGUGAGACUGGCUGGUGCCACCCCUUCCUCUCGACCACCCUCCCUCCCUCCAACGGCCACUGCCCGGACAGGUUGAGGUCGGUCCAUCGGCAUCCAUCGCAACAUCCGCAGCAGCUGGCUGGGAAGGAGCAGUAUGCCGGAAACUGACCUGCCAGCUACAAAUGCCUUCAAAGAGGGUGAUUAGGAGAUCCGCCAGGGGGGAGGAGAAGGUAGAUGAUGGAUACUCCGGGAGCGUGUCGGAGUGCAAGUUCCACUGCACCAAUGGGAAUUGCUUGCGUCUGGGCUCGCUGAUUUGCAACCAGCUGAAUAACUGUGGGGACAACAGUGAUGAGGAGAACUGUCCCGUGGUGACCCAGCACCCUCCACCUGGUAUCUUCAACUCUGAACUGGAGUUUGUUCAGAUUGUCAUCAUCAUCGUGGUGAUGACAGUGAUGGUGGUGGUGAUCAUCUGCCUGCUCAACCACUACAAGCUCUCCACAUGGUCCUUCAUAACACGGCAAAGCCAGGCCCGCAGGCAGGACCAUGCCCUGCAGCAGAAUGGUUGUCUGUGGCCUUCAGACAGUGGCUCUCGACAAGGUGCCUCAGAGGUGUUUUACGCUCCCCAGGCCAGAGAUCGCUUCACCGCUCCGUCUUUCAUGCAACGUGACCGUUUCAGCCGCUUCCAGCCCACCUACCCAUACAUGCAGCACCAGAUCGACCUGCCGCCCACCAUAUCGCUGUCAGACGGCGAGGAGCCCCCACCGUACCAGGGGCCAUGCACACUGCAGCUCCGUGAUCCUGAGCAGCAGAUGGAGUUAAACCGGGAGUCGGUGAGGGCACCGCCCAACCGGACCAUCUAUGAUAGUGACUUGAUUGACAUAGGGAAUGGGGGAGGCCUGGGAGGGGUUGGGGCAGGAGGGGGAGGUUUAGGAGGAGGUGGCCCGCGGCCACCCAGCAGUAACUCUGGCAUCAGUGUUGCCAACUCCUGCAGCCACGGGCGCAUGGAGGGGCCGCCGCCAGCAUACAGCGAGGUGAUGGGCCAUUUUCCAGGCUCAGCGUUCUUUCUACACCAGCACAGCAAUAACCAGAGAAUAGGAAGACCAGGCGCACUGGGGAGCAGGACGAUCCAGCAGCAGAGCCAAUCAGAAAGCACAAUAGUACCUGCCAAGGCCAAGGAUGGCCAACCAGAAGACCUGGUCUGAGGAAAGGGGCAGGGGGCAGGUGGGGCCGAGCACCCUGGACUGAACGCUGUCUCCUAUGUUUACCCCCGACAUGUAAGCACUGGUCUCUGUAUUGCACUGUUGCUCUCAUGUCCUCUCUCCACCCUCCCAUGCACAACAAAUCUCAACAUGAGCUACAACAAAUCAAGGAAAGAGAAACCAAGAGUUGAUUUCAUUUCACUCUGUCCAGCUUUAUCCGCUGGGGGACCUUUAUUUUGGCCUUCUCUUGGAGAGGGAAAAACUGUGCUAGCACAGACUUGGGGUAGGAGGUUCCUUUUUUGUCUUUUGUUUUGCGUUUCAGACCGGGACCUGUGCACAACGCGAGAACUGAGAACCCAGGACAUACAAAGAACACAACAACACAAAACAAUAACUCACAAACCCAAAUCUUAGUGCCAAGGUUCAUGACGAAGCAAAGCAAAGCCGGCAAAUAACAUCUUCUAACAUUCACAACACAACAAACAGGAAAGUUCCCUAAAAGUUGCACUAUCUUUGUUGUUAGAGGAGAGGGACAUGAUGUCAUGUGAUGCUGAUGUGUUUUUCUCCUAUUUUCAUUUUUUUUUGUUUCAGGGUUGAUGUUGUUUUUGUUUUUUUAUUGAGGGUUUCUUUUUAUGGAUGGACUGAAUGACUGACUGAAGUCAGGCUCCAAAGUUGAACAGUUGGUAGCAAAAAACUGAAAAACAAAAAAACGGAACAAAAACUAACAAGAAUAAGCUUAUGUCCUUCCUUUUCUGAAGAGUUCAAGAAAUCUUUGAACCCAGCCUAAAGCAUCUUGUUUGCUUACACCACAGGCACACUGAAACUUAGUAAGAUAAAAACCAUGUAAUGCUUUACGUCUGCUUCCUCAUAGGGGAGAGAAAUCUGCCUUGUGACCAAGCAGCGAUCUUUCCUACAAUCUAACAUUAAACAUAAUAAUAGUUUGAGCCAGGUGCUGGUUUAAAAGUUAAAAACUUUGUUUAGACCCCAUGGGCAACAUCAACACGUGUUAGUUUUUAUCUGGUGGCUUGGUCAAAGCAGAUUUUUCUUUCCAAAUGUGUCCCGUUCUCUGAGCACCCGACCUUUUUAUCGCUCGACCUGCACAGUCCAUUCUACCACACGGAACUCGCAACCCUGCUGCAGUUUUGCCAACAAAUGGAAGACAACUCUUUGUCUUCACAUCAGCGACGCCCCACACAAAAAAAGAUGAAGCAAAGAUUGCUUAAAUAAGGAUUCCACGAAUACUGACUGUGGUUGAAGUCAAAGGGCUACCAGAGGGUCCUUUUUGAUAAAGAAACUCAAAAAUCUAGCCUUUUUUCACCUCCAUUGUUGCCUUCAAUCUCUGCUGUUGCGCUUGCUCUAUCUCACUUCAGCACAUUUCAGUGCACCUUCUCCACCCUGCAAAGAUAAACCCAUCCUGCUAUUCGUGUGCAAAAGUGAUGCAGAGUCAGCCAAGCCCUUUAAAGCUGAGACUGGAGUGGAGUCGUCGGUUGUCAGCAUGCUGAUGCGGUCUUCUCCUUGCAGUAUGAGUGUGUUGCCGUGUUUGUUGCUCAGACCCUUUGCAACACUGAGAAGCACUUAGAGUUCCUGCAUGGGUAUUGUAUGUGUGCAUGUGUGUACAGCUGAGUGAUUUAUUAUUGACAUUUAAGGACUUUUUUUUUGUUAGUUGGAAUUCAGCAGAGCAUCUUUUUAAAACCCAGAAAUGGACGAGGGUCAAAUAGUCCAAUAGAAUUCACACAACAGGUUCCAGCAAUAGGCACAAAGUUUGCUUCAGUUAGAAAUUCCGAUUCAGAUCAAGCUCCAUUCAUGUGUCAACAAAUCUCAUGACAAAUCUGCUAUCUGACCAUUCCAACCCACUCAGACCUGUUAAAUAUAAAAAUCUGCAAUUACAGUAAAGUAAAGACUUACAGGAUCAAAGCUCAGUGCUUAGAUCACAUCAUGCUCAUCACUUUGCUCAAGCUACUGUCAAACUGUUUAUUUCUUAUAGUGUGUGCAGAUCAAGAUCAAGGAUGUAAAAUACAGUGUUAUGUUGUGUUAGGACAGGAAAGGCUGAUUUCUUCUCGUCGUCAUCGUACCAGGUAGUAGACUCUAAAUGAUUCAUGCCCCUCGUAAACUUAAAGUUGCCUUCAUUCAACCAAGAAAUUUGUGUCUGAAUGGAACGUAGGAUGUGCCUCUGUAGACACUUUACGAUUCAACUUUUUCCUCCUCCCCGGCACCAGCACUGCAAAAGACACCAAUAAAAAACAGAUUUUAAAACCUCUGUCAAAAACAUUAACAGAAUACAUAAAAAACAAAUCUGAAUUCCCAGCUCUGAAGAAAGAAAUGCUAGUGGAUCUCUGCAGAUUCCUAACUAACAGCGUACCCUAUACUCAAGUAAAUAAUGAGUCCAAUAUCUGCCACGUCCUCUUUGACCAGUAUUACUUUGGUCUUAGCAAUCUGCCAUUCCUGUAACGUUCUUCUGAAGCUCAUUCAUACUUAAACCAGUUUGGCUCUCAUUCACUGCUGGGAUUUGAAGUACACAACAUUACAACUGCCACCCAUCAUGCCAAAGGAUGACGAAGGAUUCUGCGGCAGUAGAUGUCCAGACAUCUCUGACGUAGGGUAUUAAAUCCCAAGAGGGCUUCAUAGCGUGAAAGCCACAGUUCUUGAUGACUCUCAUUGGUUGCAGGUCCCUUCUCAGCACAGUGAACUUUGUAAUUAGCUUCACCUUUUUGACUUUUCACAUUGUUUGCUCAAUGACCCUCUAACUGAUGGCAGGGGACAAACAGCCGUUUUACUUCCAACUCUGGAGGUAAGCAUGUAAUAUGAUUCCUCAUAUUUGUCAUGUUUCAAAAAGCCUCUUUCUGUGACCCUUGUCCAACACAUUUCCCUUUCAUGCAGCGGGGCUGGUUGCGGUGAAUGUCAACGUAUGUGUUCACCUCAAACUGCCCGAGGUGCCGCACUUAUGUGCUUCCGAGUUCUGCAUUACGUGUUCCUCAAAAACUGGCCAUAAAGUAAAAUGAAAAGAAUAGAGUUUUGACAUGUUUUAAUCGAUUCAGAACUGUCCAUGUUCACAUCUAGAUGCUUCGAUAACCAUGUUUUACCCUUAGCCCUAAUUGGAUAUGGCCAGAGCAACUCCCAAGAAGUUUUAUUAUUUUUGUGUCAUCUGUUUUUAUUAACAUUGUAACAAAAAUGGCACUUUGAAAAAUCACUUUCUCUUCCUUUAAACCAGUGAAAAGCCUUUAUUACAGCCCUCAAAGCUUCUUGCAUUUCUCCGCUGGUAUUUUUGACCAGUCAUCUUUUGCAAUAAGUUUCUAGACAAUGAGACAACAGAUUGUCUGUUAGAUUCAAUUCUCUCUGACUGGGCCACUUCAAACAAUGAUUUUACUUUCAGCUAAAUUAAAAUAUUAUACGUGUAAAUCUACCAAGGGUAUAAAUAAUUUUAAGCCUGAGUCCUGGGAGUCUAUGAGUGCCCCCAAGUGGUCAAACAAUCAUUAGCUAAAUUAAUCAGAAAGUAGGUCGGGCUGCUGUCAUAUUGAACUGCUCCGAGCAUUCAGUAUAUAGAGAGGAGUUGAUCUUCAUCAGUGCAUAAUGAGGCAGGAAAUUAUGUAAUGUUGUCAAAUCAUUUGAGUAGCACGUCCGCUGAGUUGUGGCAGUUUGGCAUGUUUAAAUAAAAUCCACAGCAGCUUGGCUUAAUUGUAGUUUAAACUGCAGUUUCCGAUGCAUUGUAAGGCCAAGAAGCUGCGAGGAGCAUUAUUAUCCUUAUUAUAGUUAGUAUUUACUUCCACAAGUGAAAAGCAAGGCAGAUACACAGUAGUGUGAUUGGGGUUUUAGAAUGACUGUUGACAGUGGUACUCUCCAGAUCUGGAAAUCAACAGGGAUUUUUUUCCACACAGUCACGGUUAGGUUGAGUACUGUUCUCCAUAAACAGUUUGACACAUGAAAAAUUAAAACCACAGCUGGUUGACGUUUUCAACUAUAGAAAAAAACACCAAUUUGUGUGGGAUAACACAGCAGUGUACUGUCUUAGGAGGUCUGGGUGUUCCCAUGGGAUCUCAUGAGAUCUGUUUGACAGGUUGAACGAUAUAACCUGAUGUCUUGGAAGCAUACCGCUGUCCAUCUGUUUUGGGUCUAAAUGGAGUACAGACACAUUUCCAGGUGAAGUAAAACUGCAUCUUCCCCGGAAUUCAGUCAUCGUCUGCUGCCUCCUGAGGCAGCAUUAUUGUUUAAGGCGACUAGAGCAGUACAGAUGCAGUGAGAUUGAAUUAGAAAUAUCAAACUAAUAGAAAUGUGCCUGGAAGUCCACAUGUUCCUCCAUGUUGUAAGUUUAUCUCUAAAGUCAGAUUUUACGUUCUGCAAAAAUCACAAGAUGGACUUUCCGCUCACUUUAGCCUCUUUUCCAUUUACAGUUCCAGCACUGCACAUCUCCACUCCGCUCUACCUCUCUCCACUCAGCACCAAACCAGUUGUGUUUCCAUUGACUGCUGAAGGUGGGGCUUCACAGCCUAAUAUCAUGUUCUCUGACAAAAGUGAUGUUGCAGGGUUCGAUGGGCAUGAUUUCAAACCACUGCCACGGCUUUCAGUUUGACCCGCUCCGGGGGAAAAAAAAAAAUUUUGUAGUGGCUUUUAUGUUUUCUGAGCUUUUCGGGCACAGCCGCGAUGUGCAGUAAAAUCUGUAGCUUGUCAUUCUGUCCACUACCUUGGCGAACACCUUUUAAUUUCUCCUCGCCCCUUUGAGCUGCCGCUGAAUAUUGCAGUCAGACUCAGAAGGCUGACCACGCAAAUAGUCAAUCAGUGAACAGCUGCCUGUUCACGUCACAUUUUGGCCCUGUUAAACCCAAAUGGGACCUGCUGCUGAGCAGGUACCAAAAAAGCCAGUAUCGGGCCAGUAAAGCAAGUACUGGAAACGGCCGCAAAACAGGCUGAGUAGAGUGGGGCCGGCCGAAGUAGAGCCCAUGGAAAAGGGGCAUUUGAGCCAAAGCUCAUGAAUCCCUUCACAUCACUGUUUGAAUGUAUGCACUUGUCCGGCUUGUGUGUGUGUGUCACUACAUCACUGCUGCUAUUGCUGUUGCUGCUGCUACCACCACUGUCUUUGCUACUGCUGCUUCUCACAUCCCUCCCCCAGCCAGCCUUCCUUGCCUUGUCCAUCCUACCCUACUCUGCUCAUCCUACGCUUAGGAGAGAAAGCCUUCUGCAGUGAAAGCCACUGGUACUUGGACUUCUGAUACUUUUGGCCUUUUGCUGCACGGAGCUGCUUCAGACUCAGAUCUCUUCCAUGGUUUUCUUAUUUUUGUUUCCCUUUUUUUUUUAGCUUGUUCAUACUGCGCAGUCAUAAGCUUGUAAAUGGAGGAUAAAUAAGAUAAAUUUUAUGUUUUCUACAAGGAGGUUUGCAUGUUACUAAUAUAUGAGUAAAUAUGGUGCCUAAUGUUCAUGUUUGAGCAGAUCACGCCUCUGUCACACUGCUUCUCGGAAUCCUUGCAGGUGCUUUGUCUCAGCGACAGCCGCCUGCUGUCUGGCAGAACUCAACAAAAGUGUGCCUGCCAGAAUCAUCUAUUUUUGGAUAAUCGUAGGCGUUCGCAAGCUCUAGCCUGACUGAAUUCGAUCCCAAAUUUCAUCUCAACUCUUCACCAAAAAGUACAUUUGGAGAUCACAGUAGCAACGGCUGACAUUUUCCACAUCUUGCAGCUCCUUUUCAAGAUGUUACGAGCUCUUGGUUCCCCUCACCUGGAAGCACCCAGAGGUAUUCCGAGCAGUAAUGUAACGGGAGUGUGGAGCAGACAUAGGAACCCACUUGCACUCAAAAAGCUCCCACCUUCGUUGUGCCUCACUUCCAACGGUGCUUUUUUCAGUAGUCUGUCUUUCUUUAUGUUUGUUUGUAAGGUGCUGUAUAUAACUUGAAUAUAUUAUGCACAUAUCCUACCCAAUGGGUAGAAAACACAAAAAAGAUGUUGUGAAUAAUGUAAUAUAAUGUAUAGACGAUAUAAAAAUUUUAAGAGGGCAACGUCAAUUUCUAAAUGCCUACAGUUAAAAAAAUCUGCUUUGUCUUUUUUUCAUAAGAAAACAUGUUUUUCAAAGUAUGCUCAGAAUAUGGUUGCAACACAAAUUACAACUUACAAUAUUUUCUUAUAAAUUCUAAGAUAUGUGAUCAUAUGGAUGAGCUGAGCUUAGAUAGCUUGUUGAUGAGAUUCCUCUGUCACAGUGCCAGCCUUCACUCCAAAACUGGACACAUCCUCACUAACAAACAGAUGGAGAGUUCUGUUAAACGGAUCUUUUAGGAACAUGUUCAGAUGCAGACAAAUAUGUUGGCAUCUCUGGUAAAAAUGUUUAAAAUCAUUUCAUAUUUAUUUCCAGCAGCGUAAUCACCCACAGAAACAUGUAGAAAGUAUCAGCCUUUGAGUUUAGUACGUUUAUUACGUAGGGAAAAAACCCAAACUAAGAAAUAAUUUACCAUGGUACUGUUGGUGAGAUCCCUUUAAAAUAAAUGUAAUGGAAGCGUUUUUAAAUUUAUGUUUUGAAACUUGGAGGGGGUUUCUGCCUCAAGUGGAGGAGUUGAAUAUCUUGGGGGUCUUGUUCACGAGUGAGGGGAGAAUGGAGUGGGAGAUCAAUAGAUGCAUUACUGCGGUGGUUCGUUGUGGUGAAGAGAGAGCUGAGCCAAAAGGGAAAGCUCUCGAUUUAUCAGUCGGUCUACGUUCCUACCCUCAACUGUGUUCAUGAACUUUGGGUCAUGACUGAAAGAACGAGAUCUUUGAUACAAGCAGCUGAAUCAAGCUUCCUCCGCAGGGUGGCACUCCUUUAGAGAUAGGGUGAUGAGCUCGACCAUCCGAGAGAAUCUCGGAGUAGAGCCAUUGCUCCUCCACUGUAAGGGGAGCUAGGUGAGAUGGCUCAAACAUCUGUUCCAGAUGUCCCAUGGACGCUUCCUUCAGGAGGUUUUCCAGGCACAUCCCACUGGGAGGGGACCCAGGGGACGCUGUGGAAGACACCUUCUGAGGGACUAUGUCUCUCAGCUGUACUGGGAAUGCCUUGGACUCCUCCCGGAGGAGCUGGAGGAGGUGUCCGGGGAGAGGGAAGUCUGGGCGUCUCUGUUGGGACUGCUGCUCCCGUGACCCGGUCCCCAAAAAGUGGAAGACGACGAGUAUGAGUACUUUUUAAAGUUGAUUACAGUGUCUAGGAACUUCUAAUUACAAAUCAAUAAUGUUCUGUGCUCCGGGGAAUAAAUAUAAAAUGACAGACAUCCUUUUCUUUUAGCCAAUUGCCUGGAGGAUCCAUAUUUUCACCGAACAUGGUGAGGAUGAUGGAAAGUGAGGUGUAAUCUUGGUAGAGUGCACAGCAUCGAAAAUUCUUUGAGAUACCAGGAGAUUCUAAAUAAAAAUAUGUUGGACUUGAUUUAAAAAUGGGUCCUCAGUUGGUCUUUCAGCGGGAUAAUUAUAGAAAACAAAUGGCCAAACCAGGAAAUAAAAUGGUUGGCCGACAACUUCUACCAUGAUUGUCUUAGUCCCCAGGGCCAAAUCCUAUAGAAGUCCUGCAGGUUGAGCUGAAUAGUAUAAGAAAGAACCCAGGAUUCCUGACCAACUGGAGCUUGUUAAAAGAGGGAUGGUCAAAGGACCGUCUCUAUGACCCAAUAGUUAGAUGUUAUGUAAGACUAAGAACUACUAAUUAUUAACAAAAGACCUUCCAAUAGGUGAGGUGCUAGUGGUUUGUUGAAAAAUUUAAUUUCAUAAAAAAAAAAAUAUAAAUUCCCCACUGAAUAAAUACUCAAGUUUGGAUUUUCCUUAAAUUUUUCAGUGUGAGAUUCUGCUGCUGCAGUUAAAGCUUACAUCCUUACCAGGCUUGCCAAUGAAUGUGGCAGGCACCAUAUAAAACACAAUCUCAUCAGUCUCUGUGACAUCAGCAGUUGAAGAUGGCAGUGUGACAGCUAUCUGCACUUCUUUUGUGUGCAUCUGAGUUUUAGUUGCUUUAAACACUUGCCGCUGCCACAGGUCUGGCAAAUAGUUGGGACAUCACCGAGCGGAAGAUAAAUUGAUGAGGCAAAUGUUGGAAAGUUGCACCAGCAGAAGGAAACAAGCUUAGGGUUAAAAACUACAGCUUAAACUUUCAUAUACUUUAAUUGUAUUAUUUUCUAUAUAACAAUGGUAUAUGUGGCACAAUGUAUAACGAGCGUCAUGUUUAACCUGCAGCCAUUUAUUUCUAAUAUGUACUAAAAAGAACUCCAUUGUACAAUAACUGCAGAGCAUGUUCAUUUUAUCUAUAGAUGAUGUACAUAGCCUCGUGCCAUUUUUUUUUCUCCACAGCACCAAAUAAGUGGCACUUGUUUUGAAUUUUGAAAAAGUUGCCUCUGCUCUCCUCUAUGGACAUUUUGUUUGUUGGUUUCCUGGAAGAGAAAAGACUGAUCUCAUUUGAUUUGAACCUCCGGAGCGCACUCCCUCUUUCCUCUUCUCAGAAGUCUGUACUUAAGUGCUGACGACAAGUAGCUGUUUGUAUCGUUCCACCACCAGUAAUAACGUCGCAACAGUUUGUCCUGACAUUUACCAUAGGACUGCUUCCAUUAAGGGUUGUCUAACAUCAGUUUGCUUUAUUUACCCCACCCGGCACCCCUUCUGUGGAGAUAUAUAUAUAUAUAUAUAUAUAUAUAUAUAUUAGACACACACACAUACACACAGAGGUGGGGUAAAAUUGUGUAUUUUGCCUCUUUAUUUAAGCAAUUGUGAUGUAAUAGGUUUUAGGCCUAAGGUCUGUUAUUGCAAUACUUUUACAUAAAAGAAGAAAAAAAGUCAAAAAAUGUCGCUCUAAGUGCUGUUGUAGUCAAAGAUUUUAUGCUUGUACUCAUGCUGUAGUCAAACUGCAGCAUAACAAAUAAAACUUUAAAAGUGA